UUUUACCGCUAGCCUACACAGGAAGAAUUACUGCAAUCUGAUUGGUUGACAAUGUGCAAUUCUCGUAAUAUCAAAAGUGGACCAGUAACGACUGGGCUUCCUGUAUCAAAAUAAUCCAAUAUGGCUUCUGAAGAAGAGGGUGACAUGAGUGCCAAUGCAACUACGGAUACAAGCGAUGAAAACAGCGAAAAUAUUUCAAGGCGACGUGGAUUCGGGGUACGCUCUGGUUAUGCAGACGAGGACUCGCGACCUCCGGUUGCCCAGACGAGCUUCUUUCAAAAAGGACGUGAAUUUGAAAGCGCGUAUGACAACCACAAGUUUACAGAAAAGGAGAAACAACAGUUGGCAACGUACGACAGUCUUGAUUAUUUCCCGCCCCACAGCGUCGUUUACAAGAACUGGAUAAAACGUCAACCAGCUCGCCUUGAUUGGGACAGAUGGGUAAUGAUGGGUCUUAUUGGAUUCACUGUGGGCUUUGUUGGCUUUCUACUCCAUCAACUGAUUGACCUUAUCAUGGAUUUUAAAUGGGAAAUGGCCAAUGAAAUGAUAAAGGAAAAGGAAUAUGGCCUAGCAUGGUUUUGGGUGGUAGGAUACAGUGUUAUCUUUGCUGUUCUUGGAUCGUCUAUGGUAGUGUUCUUUCGUCCAGCGGCAGCUGGUUCUGGCAUCCCAGAACUAAUUGGAUUUCUGAAUGGCACUAUCAUUCGUCGCAUUUUCAAUGUGAAGACAAUGGUAGUGAAAUUCUUCUCCUGCGUUUGUGCUGUGGCAUCUGGCUUACCUGUUGGUCCAGAGGGUCCUAUGAUUCAUUUAGGUGGAUUGAUUGGUGCUGGUCUAAGCCAAUUUCGUUCCUCGACGCUCAAACUGAAUCUUCCAUAUUUUCAAAGAUUCAGAAAUCCUGAAGACAGACGCAACUUUAUUUCGGCGGGAGCUGGUGCAGGUGUUGCGAGUGCUUUUGGUGCUCCUGUUGGUGGCCUGCUGUUUGCCAUGGAGGAAGUAUCAUCAUUUUGGAACAUGAAAUUAUCAUGGCAGAUUUUCUUUUGCACCAUGGUCGCCACCUUUACCACUGAUCUCUUUAACUCAGCUUUCAAAGGUUUUAAAUACGAAGAUGAUUUCGGUUUAUUUAAAGCAGAGCGAUACAUUCUCUUUCAGAUUGAUCACGGAGUCGCCCUACAUAUUCUCGUGUUUAUUCCAGUUGCCGUACUAGGAUUUUUGGGUGGGAUUUUAGGAGCGGUUUUUACUUUUAUCAAUUUAAAGAUUAACAGGUUCAGGAGAUAUCAUCUUGCAAGAAUAAAACGUAAAUGGCUGAAUAACUGUGUCCGAGUGUUUGAAGUGUUUUUGCUCAUGGUAAUCGUUGGAACAGUUGCUGUUUUCCUGCCAGCUCCUUUCCCGUGUUCUAAAUUUGAGUGUUCUUUUGAGGGAUCAAAAUUUGAUGAUGAGUGUUUGGUUGAGCAUCGCAGUCCGUUGCAUACAGAGAGAACUGUGAAUAAUUACACUUGUGAGGAAGGAGUAACGGUCAUGAUGAACGGAACGAAAUACACAAACGGUUCAUUCAACCAAGUUGCAACGCUGCUGUUUGCGAGUGGGGAGGAAGCAAUCCAUCAUCUCUUCUCAAGAGAUACUCAUCGAGAAUUCACAUACGGUCCAUUAUUGACCGUAUUAGUGGUGUAUUUUAUCUUGGCGUGUUGGGCGGCAGGAACGUCGAUUUCCAGCGGCCUUGUUGUGCCAAUGCUUUUUAUAGGUGGGACUUAUGGAAGAGUUAUUGGCAAGUUGAUGGUUGAUUUGUUUGGUGUUCACACAGAGGGCCAAUGGGCUUGGAUGGACCCUGGAGCCUUUGCCUUGAUUGGAGCGGCCUCGUUUUUUGGUGGGGUGUCCAGAUUGACCAUGUCUUUGACCGUCAUAAUGAUUGAAAUUACGAAUGAUAUUCAAUUCUUACUCCCAAUCAUGGUAGCAAUAAUGGUCUCAAAGUGGGUCGGAGAUUUCGUGACUCAUCCGUUGUAUCACGCGCUUCUUGAAUUCAAGUGUAUUCCUUUCUUGGACUCUGAACCUGUUGUGUUUACCCAUGGUGGAAAAAAGAAUGUUAAUUUAGAGUUGUAUCAAGCAAAAGAUGUUAUGUCUUCACCAGCAGAGGUGUUACAUUUGUCAGUGAGUGUUCAACAGUUGGCCCGUGUGUUGCUAGAGACACCUCAUGGAGGAUUUCCUAUUGUGAAGAAACUACGCCAUGGUGAUGAAGUGUUUAUUGGACUUGUUACAAGGUUGGAUAUUAGUAUUCUGUUGUCGCACAAGAAAUUCAGCAGCAGUGGUCCUCACAGCAGCCCUGAUGGAGCACAGAAUUAUGAAAUAACUGAUGUGGAUUAUGAAAAGCUUUCCGUUACCUACCUUCCCAAUGCAGAUGAUUUAAACAACAAGUUACACAAAUAUGUUGAUCAGGAACUAUAUGCUAAUAUUUUUGUUGACCUGUCACCUUAUGUCAACGACUCAGCUCUAAGUGUCCAGUCAAAUUUUUCCCUGCACAGAACCUACAUUAUAUACCGAACCUUGGGAUUAAGGCAUUUGACUGUAGUUGAUAGAUGCAAUAGGGUAGUUGGAAUGAUUACCAGGAAGGACCUGAUGGGCUUCAAUCUUGAGGAGAAAAUUGGUCAAAUCAUUGAAAAGCAACAGGAACAUACACACAUUGAGAUGUCUGGACCUGUAUGAGACUGAUGCAUGAUAUCUUGUGAUUCCAGAAGCCAUAAAUAUCUGAGCUGAUGCAAUCUUAAGUUCAGGUAUUUUACCAACAUAUAUGAUAUAUAUUUUCAGUUAUUUUUUUAUCAUAUUCUUUAAAUUAUUCCCUAUGUUUGUGG